CAAAGUUCUUGGCUGGGCUGAGUGUCGGUCAUCUCGUUCGAUUCUUGACGGCUCCAACAAAGCGAGUGUAAAGCAUCAUGUCAGAGCACAAGAGCCGCAAACCUUCCAACACUGCAUUCAAACAACAGCGCUUGAAGGCAUGGCAACCACUUCUUACCCCAAAGACGGUGCUUCCCACCCUCUUCAUAGCUGGUAUUAUCUUCGCACCACUCGGUGGUCUUUUCCUUUAUGAAAGCGAUACCGUUAACGAAAUCGUCAUUGACUAUACUCAGUGCAUCAACCAACCUCCUGGAGUACCAAAAGUUUUAGAAGAUAGCGAAUAUCGCUAUACAUUCACUUCACAGAAUACGACAGUGAUUCUCGCACCAACAUAUGAGCUUGUCAAUUCUACAACUUGGAUGAAGGGCGGAUCGCCACCUAAUGGAGCUCUUGUUCAACGCUGCAACAUUGCAUUCAAUAUUCCUAUGCCACUUCAUGCGCCUGUCUAUCUAUAUUAUAGACUUACCAACUUCUACCAAAAUCAUCGCAAAUAUGUCAAAAGUCUAAGCUACAACCAACUCAAAGGUCAAGUCAUCUCUCCAACCGACGCUUCAACGAGUUGUACUCAAAUGUCUGCGAAUGCGAAUGGCACAAUCUAUUACCCUUGUGGCCUCAUCGCAAACUCCGUCUUCAAUGAUACCUUUUCCCUCAGCCUUACUUUACUAAACCCACCCAAUAGCGCUGACUCAAACCAAAGCUAUGCAUUAACCGAGACAGGAAUAACGUGGUCUUCAGAUCAGAGUCGAUAUGGCAAGACGACUGCUGAUCCUUCCUCUGUCGCCCCUCCUCCUAAUUGGCAAGAUAGGUAUCCAAAUGGUUAUACUGCUGAUAACAUAUUCGAUCCCACUAAGGACGAGCACUUUCAAGUCUGGAUGAGAACAAGCUGGUUCCCAACAUUUAGAAAGCUGUACGCCAAGUAUACCAGUGACGAACCAUUUGUAGGAGGCAGAUACAUGAUCUCUGUAGACUUGAAUUAUGAUAUCCAAGCUUACGGCGGAACCAAAUCCUUGGUCCUCACCGGCACGUCCUUCCUUGGUAACCGAAACUCUUUCAUGGGACUUGCAUAUAUUGUCAUGGGAUGCAUAUGCGCUUUCCUUGGCCUUGUCUUCCUGGUUCGAAACUUCUAUCGACCAAGGAAAUUGGGCGAUCACGACCGCUUGUCGUGGAACAAUCAUCAGGACUAAAGGCAAUAAAAGACAAAGAUGUACCACCGUUUAUACUAGUUUCUCGUUUCACUCAUAUUCACCACUGUGAAAUAUUCUCAGAUUUUCAAUCUAUUAAAGGCUCUUAUAUUUUUUUUUAUAAAUAAUGGUAAUACAUUGAUUUGGGAUGUUAUGAUGCGAUUAACGGCGUACUACUUCAGCCAAGCCGUUUACUUUCUCUAAUUCUUCGACUCUUGCACCGUUGGAGUCUUCCGAAGCAAGCAACGGGCCUACGCUCAUCUCAGUCCAUGUACGCCAUACUUCCUCAACUUGAGCACUGGCUUCAUCACUAAGAGUAAUGCAGAAGAUAGCGUCAUAUCCGCCAG